AUGUACCUGAGGGUUCGUCCGUGGCUUGGCGUGCUAUUGUCCGCCGUUGGCUGCGGUGCUAUACGCAUCACAGCCGAAACCCCCGUCGACUUCUCCAUCCUGCUUUGCACUCACCAGCGCCGACAUAUCCAUAACCAUAUGCAGUACCUUCCGCAACCGGCUCGAUUUUGCAUGACAGUGAAGUCCUCUAAAUCGCAAAGAGACUUAGCAAGAGAUCAGCAAAGUACAGUAGCCGUGUCGUCGUCGGUUCUCUUCAGCUGGAGAGGAGUUAACAGUGCCCGACAAUGUCAAUUCGGUUUUAAGGGAUAUCAAGGUGAAUACAGACUUUCGCCCGACUUUGGUGCCUACGAAGAGUGCCAGUAUUCGUUAUCACACGGACCUCUCAGUAAUACGCUGCAAUUCAACUCUUCGAAUUCGAAUUGCCCGAUCAACUACCUGCCGACAACCUAUGUGGAUUAUGUGUCAUGUUCAUUGAACCUCAACGAAUGGUAUAUUCUCGACUGGUAUUCGAGCAUCCGCUACGAAACCUACCAUAAUGGAGUUUAUGGCACGUACUACGCAAAUCAUUCGACAUCGUUCGUUUUUCAACCGACAGACAACUUACUGCGAAACGGCACCGAGAGAGAAUGGCUAGCAAGGCUGAUUCAUCUCGAAACGAGGUUUAAGCGAGGGUGGAGGUUCCAGCGUCGGUUAAUCCAUAAGAGGAACGCCGUACAUUCGACUCUAUCAAGCAUCACAGAUGUGACUGACUGCAUAAUUGGUUGGGGUUUUAACUAUAUGUGA